AUAAGAGAAGAGCCCCGGGAAUAAACACACACUCCAGCUGUUCCUUCAUCUAAGAGACGUGUCCCGCCGUGCGCGCAGCUUCCCUGCUGCUCGUGCCCGCGUUGCGCGUCCGUGUGAUUGUGAGUGCACGCGCGCGUCGUGAGCAGCACGCGACUGUGUCCCUUUUUAACGGCUGUCAUGUCCAAACUGGAGCAGAUUCUGAUCCUCGACCCACCGGGGGACCUCCGCUUCAGAGGACCCUUCACUGAUGUGGUGACCGCUAACCUGAAGCUGAGGAACCCGUCCGACAGAAGAGUAUGCUUCAAAGUGAAGACCACAGCUCCUCGCCGUUACUGUGUGCGGCCCAACAGCGGCGUGAUCGAGCCCGGCUCCGCCGUCACCGUCUCCGUCAUGCUGCAGCCCUUUGAGUACGACCCGAACGAGAAGAGCAAGCACAAGUUCAUGGUGCAGACCAUCUUCGCUCCGUCCGGCGCCAGCGACCUGGAAGCCUUGUGGAAAGAUGCCAGACCGGACGACCUAAUGGACUCCAAGCUGCGCUGCGUGUUUGAGAUGCCCUCAGACAACGAGAAGACGAACGAGCUGGAGUCCACCAAAGCCCCGUCUGCUCUGAACGCCUCGAAGGACGGAGCGUCAGGAGCCAGAGCCGGAAGUCUGUCCAUGGACGACACGGAGAUGAGGAAGCUGAUGGAGGAGAGCAAGAGACUGCAGGCGGAGGUUGGGAAGCUGCUGGACGAGAACCGUCAACUCAAGGACGAAGGGCUGAGGAUGAGGAAGGUCAAUCAGUUGGACAGCUCUGUGUCCAGGUCUUCGGCGGUGAUGCAGAGUAAAGACCCGUCCUCCAGAUCUCUGCCGUCUCUGCUGGUGGUCAUCGCUGCCAUCUUCAUCGGGUUCUUCCUCGGGAAGUUUGUCUUGUAGAGUUCAGCCGAGCGGAGCGUGUGCUCUUGUAGAGGAGCGUCUGUGCAGACGAGCCCCACAGCAGCGGAAAUAAACAUGUGUGUGUACAGAUCAUUCACACGGCCCUGCCUCACACACACACACACACACAC